UUUCAUUGACAUUACAUUCUCUAGAAAACUAGAGGAUACUUUUAAAAUUUCCAAAGGCCUUUAAUUCCAGAAUCCAUUAGGCCCAGGAUCUGAAGAAAAUGAAAAUUGAUAGCUUGGGGAAGAGUCUUAAGGUUGAAGGCCAGUGGCUGAAAGACAAUCUCAAAGUUACAUGCCGAGCUGGAAACGCAAUUCUGAGCUGGAAAACACUCUUCUGUUUAACUGCAGAUGUGCUCCAGCUUUGGGAAAGCAAGAGAAGGGAGGGACAAAUAUUUCAUGUUUGUAUCCGGGUCUGUUCCCCAGAAUCUUAGGAUUAAUCUAAAAAAUAAGAUUUCUUAAAAUCCAGAGGUACAGUUUGUGUACCUUUCUUUUCUAAGUCCCCUUUGGACGUGAGGCUGGGCUUACCAGCACUGUGCUGUCUCCUGAACAAAUGGUGAGGUUUUAUUAGGUUAAGAAACUUCCACAUGUACAUUGGCCUGUCUGUCCUCUGAGGCCAGUUUCCAUCACUCUUAUUCCCAUUUCCUAAAUCAGCUGGAUCCCCCUGUACUUUUUACUCCCCAGGCCUGCAAAUGCAGUUAGAGCAGGAUUCUCAGUUUUCUCACUCUCAGAAAACAGGUGCACAAUAUCUCAUGCCUUGACCAUUUUCUCAUGCUGAGUACUUAGAAGAACUGAUUUGGGUAAAAUUUUUCAUUCAGAAUGUUUGGGGUUGUUUUGUGUUGUAAAAAUGUCAACUGAAAGUGAGAUGAUAGGGAGGUAACAUUGCAAAACAAGUGUGAGUCUUAUAUUGUGAUUUUGCUGUGCUGGUAGGUGCAAGAGUUUGCAUCAGAAAGCUCUGUGUGAUUGAAAUAUUCAUAAAUUUAGGCAAAUGUUUUAGUAUUUUGCUGCCUUAGGGGGUAUACUAAAUGAAAUAAUUUAAGGUGUACAAAGACCGGGGAAUAGACUCCCAUUGAUACUUGAAUGGAUAUGAAAUCAAGUUUCUGCUGUGUUAGCAAAGCUUCAUCUGAAAAACAUUUCCUUCUUACUCUGUCCUUAGAAGUAUUGCAAGAUUGUAAAUAAAUGGAAGGUUUGUGUCUUUCUAAAGUAUGAGUAGUCUUUUGUUUUAAAGUUGUCCUCUUCAUAUGAAAUUAAAUUGCUUUUGGCUGACUUACCUACUUGAGGAGGGUGAUCACAGUGUAGAACUUUUUUUCUUGCAUCUUUUCCGGGCACAUUAUCUGGAAAAUGUGAAAAUGCAUUGGCUACAUUUUGCAUUUUUGUAAAAUUACAAAACAUGGAAUAAAGCCUUGGAAAUGGCUCUACAAAAGAUGUAAGUUCCAAUUUUACUUUUUUGUAUGAUGUGAUUGUUAAGGAUCUUAAUGUAGCUACAUUUGUAUGUCUGCACUGUAAAUACUUGACUAACAAUUCAGCCUGUGACUCUAGGGUAAAGUUUAGUAUAAGAGCAUUUUUCAUGAUCAUUGGUGUUAUUGUAAGUCAUUCCAAUUUGCCAAUAUUUAUUUCUGUUUAAUCAAAAUUAGAGUCUGUUUUUAUGUUACUUUAAAAAAUUCUGUAGCAUCUAAUCUUCACAAUAGCUUCAUAAGGUCUCUCAUGAUUUUUAAGAGCUUUUGUUUGUUGUGUGGUAUUCCUUAUUUUUCCUGCUCCCAAAACCUGUGUAUCAGUAGGUUUCAUUCUCACAGGCUUGUCCUCUUUUGCUCUGGUGGCCAUGCAUUGCUCCAGGUACAGGACAAGUGGAGAUUUUGCCUUUUCCAAAUGUGUUACUGAGUUUUGUUGAUCAAAAUACUAUCCUGAUAACAGCCCAUCUAGAAUGCUUGAUGACAUGAUUUAAUUUUUGGAAGAGACAUCCUAAGAUAGCAAAGGGAGUCAGGAACAGUUCAAACUGGAAAAUGGAGAACAAAACCCCCAAACGUCAUUGACAAUAUUAAUGUUUAUGUCUACAACGUGUAAAAUAUUGUCUUUCAAUAGAAUUUACUCUCCUGAAGUUUUCUCUGAAAAUCCCCUUCCCCCUCUGAUCUUGGUUAUUUUCUCAACAAUCUAGUGGAUUGAAACAAGACCUGUGUUCUUAUGGAAUUAUGUAUGUGUCAGUGUGUAAAAGUAAAUGCACUGUAACUUUACAGCUUCCAUAAUAUGGAGGAAUUAACCUGGAAUAAAAACACUUUGAAAAAGAAUCAUGGGGGGGGAGCUGACCUAUUAAUCACAUUUGCAACAUGAAAACAGAAGUCAUUGUAGCCCUUUGGAUUUCUUUCAGCUGUGUUUCAGAUAACCUUGUUUUGCUUCUCACCGAGACCUAAUCUUGCAAAGCUAGAACUUUAAUGCAGAGCAGCUGGAAGUAGUUAAACAUUGGAACCACUGCUGAUUUGGUUGCAUCCUCCAACAUGACCAAUCCUCAGCCUACAAUUGAAGGCAGUGUUUCAGAAGUUGAGAUCAUUUCCCAACAAGUGGAAGAAGAGACCAAAAGCAUUGCUCCUGUGCAGCUUGUUAAUUUUGCUUAUCGAGAUCUACCUUUAGCUGCACUUGAUCUGUCUGUGGCUGGGUCCCAGCUUUUGCCAAAUUUGGAUGAGGAGUACCAAAGAGAAGGAUCUAACUGGCUAAAACCGUGCUGUGGGAGACGAGCAGCUGUGUGGCAGGUAUUUUUGCUCAGUGCAAGUCUCAACAGUUUCCUGGUAGCCUGUGUAGUAUUGGUGGUGAUUCUUCUGACUCUGGAACUCCUAAUAGAUAUAAAGCUUCUCCAGUUUUCAAGUGCUUCCCAGUUUGCAGGAGUAAUUCACUGGAUCAGCCUAGUCAUCCUCUCUGUUUUCUUUUCAGAGACUAUUUUGAGGAUUGUGGUCCUUGGCAUAUGGGAUUACAUUGAAAACAAAAUAGAGGUGUUUGAUGGUGCUAUCAUAAUCUUGUCCUUGGCACCAAUGGUGGCCUCAACAGUGGCCAACGGCCCCAGCAGCCCGUGGGAUGCCAUCAGCCUUAUCAUCACUCUGAGGAUAUGGAGAGUGAAGAGGAUCAUUGAUGCCUAUGUCCUUCCAGUGAAAGUGGAGAUGGAGAUGAUGAUUCAGCAAUAUGAGAAGGCAAAAGUUAUUCAAGAUGAGCAGCUGGAAAGACUAACCCAGAUCUGCCAAGAACAAGGGUUUGAAAUCAGGCAGCUGAGGGCCCACCUUGCUCAGCAGGACUUGGACCUGGCUGCAGAGGGAGCUGCCCUGCAGGUCCCACACGUGCUGAACAAGCAGAGCAGCAAGAGGUACAAGGUGGUGGCCACCGAAGACUCGGACGACGAAGGCACCGAGAACAUCUCUGAGCUGCGACCUGCACGAGAGGAUGACAUGAAUAAUUACAUCAGUCGAUACUACAACGAGCCCAGCAGUGACAGCGGAGUCCCCGAGGCCGCCAUCUGCGUGGUGACCACGGCCGCCAUCGACGUGCACCGGCCCAACAUCUCCUCGGAGCUGUUCACGGUGGAGGUGCCGCUGCGCCUGGGCAGCACGGGCACCUCGGCCAGCCUCACGUCGGGCAGCGCCUCUCGCUCCACGGCCAGCUCGGGCACGCGGGGCUGCAGCGAGAGCAGCCCGACCCUGGGCUCGUCCCCGGACUGCAGCGCGGCCUGCGAGGAGCCCCGGGCCCCGCUGGCGCCCGCCCGGCAGCGCGCAGUGCAGGAGCUGCUCUCGUCCCUGUCGGAGGAGGCGUGCCUGGCGCAGAAGGGGCUGGAUCCCGUCAACCUGAAGCUGCCCAGCCCGGCCGGUUCGGUGGGGGCCAGCCCUGACCUGGGCCACCGGCUCAGCGUCUACAACCGCAGGAACCAGGAGAGCCUUGAUGUCUUCCAGCUCAAGCCGCUCCUCGACUGCCCCCAGGGUGCCCCGACGAUCGAGGAGAAGUACGGGGCACUGGGGCCCCCAGAGCCACGGCUGGGCAGGGUUCCCGAGGCAUAGGCCCCGCCUGAGGAAUGGGGACUCCUGCGGGGACACGCUCACUACACUGGCCAUGAGGCUGUCACAGCUGAGGUGGCAGUGCUGAAGACAUCUGUGGCAUCUGCUGCAAUGGCCACCGGCCUAGGGCGAGGCCAGCAUCGCCUCUGCUCCCCUGUGCCUGUGGCACAUGACCUACCUGCCCUGCCACCAGCUCUGGGCCAGCUGGGACCUACAGUGGCCAUCUGGGAACAAUGGACCUUCCAGCAGUCUUAGGGCAGUACAGACCCACAGGGCCUGGAGGGACAAACAGACUGUGCCGGGAACAUCGUGGAAUUUCCACAGGUCCAGGGCCAGCACGAGCCCCAUGGUGCCAGGGGCAGGACAGAGCUGCUGGACAGCUUGGGCCCAGCCUGACCCUGCCCAGGGGCUGAGCGUGACUGUGAGGGGUGUGGAGAUGGGAAUAAACACUGACAAACACAUGCGGCCUCCUGCCUUCUAUUGCUCUUGCCUUCUUCUCUUAGCCGCUUUCCCUGUCUUGCUUUCUUCCACCCCACCACUCCACGUGCCAUGCAACAGACCACAAAAAACAACCAUCCCACAUCGCAGU